AUGGGUAAUAUUGCUACACAACUUCGAAACAAAAUGGUUCACUACAUAAAACCAACUUUGUCAAAGCGAGCUGCUCGAGAUGAAUAUCUUUAUGCAUUAAACGGCGAAGAAAAGUUUUCAAAAUUAACCGCUCUUAUUCAAACAUAUAAUCCAAGUCUCACAAUAUACGAUGUUGCUCGUUCAAUAAUUGCAUUAACUAAAGAACGUGGUGAAAAAGUACACGAUGAACAACCAUUAUCAUCGGAUCAAAUUGAUUACAUUGCUGCAGAAUUCAUUUCCAAUACAGAUGAAUAUUUAGGUGAACAAGCAACGACAGUCAUCUUUUUUUUAAAUGCAACUAAAGUAACAAGUGCUGUUAUUGAAGGAUCACCUCGUUUGAAAUUAAUUGGACGUGGAGAAACAAGAACAGAUAAUAUCGAUACAGAUACAGCAACUCGUCAUGGAAUUCUUGUUAUGAAUACUCCUGGCGGAAACAUUCUUUCAACUGCUGAACAUACUUGUGCUUUGAUUUGUUCUUUGACGAUUGGUUAUGAUCCAAUUAUCCCUGCAGAACAAAGUUUAACAUUUGGAGUAGAAUUCUUUGAAUUAAAGGAUCUUUGGUCAUUAGCAGAUCACAUCACUGUUCAUGUGCCAUUAAUGCAAGGAACUCAUCAUUUAAUCAAUGAGGAAGUUUUAUUACAAUGUAGAAAAAGUGUUAAAUUAGUUAAUGUUGCUCGUGGUGAUGGUAUUAUUGAUGAAACAGCACUUCUUGAUGCACUCAAUUCUGGUCAUUGUAGUGGUGCUGCUUUGGAUGUCUUUGAAGAACCACCAACUGAUUUAAAACUCAUUCAACACCCUGGUGUCAUUCGUACACCACAUUUAGGUGCAAAUACACGUGUAGCACAAAAACGUGUUGCUAUUGAAUUACCACAACAAAUCAUUGAUUUCAAACGUGGUCAUUCAUUAAUUGGAGUAGUCAAUGGAACAGUAGUUACAUCACAAUUUGGUCAAGGAAAUCGACUUAUCCUAUUGCUUAGUAAACGAUUAGGAAAAAUUAUUGGUGUAUCAUCUACAUCAACACCUAACCAUAUAUCUCUUUCAUUCAAUCAUACAGUUUCAAGUCAUUUAUUUGAAGNAAUUGCUAUCCCUAAGCUGCGUAUCUGGUUUUUGUGUUGA